CACGGCGUCGACGUUUUCUGGCACAACAACCGAUUUUGGACGACCGCGACCUUCACGAAAUUCAUCCUGUAGCGAAGUGCAACCACGAUUGAAUUCGAAAAACCAGUGAAGUUGGUGGCUAUGUCUAUGAAUUUCGAAUAGAAAUCUGCAAGACUAUUGUUGUUAAUAUAUUAUCAUGGAAAAUAUUUAAAAGUAAAUACUGCACACUGUCUGACGCGCUUUUCGAUAACGAAGUAUCGUCUUCAGAGACUGAAGUGAUCGUAAAAUUCUGCAUGUUGCGCAAGAGCUGCCAAAGUUAGUCUGGUGAACUAAAUUUAGAAAAGAUAAUAUACCAUGAAUACUUAGUUCAAUAAUUCUCCAAUCAAUAGAGGAUAAUGCAUAAGUUAACUGUGGAAAGAAAAAGAGAAAAACCGAAUUCGUGGUCGCGAUUUCAACACUAUUUCAACGAUUAUUGUGAACAUUCUAGUAUAAUUGGAUUUAAUUAUGUGGCCGAGAAACGGUCAAAAGGCGAAAGGAUAUUAUGGAUCACAUUGAUCAUUAUAGCAACAGCAUUAUCCAUCUAUUUUAUAAUGGAACAAUAUGAUAAAUAUGACGAGAAUCCAUUUAUCGUUAGCUUAGCAACUCGAGAGACGCCAAUUUUUCAAAUACCGUUUCCAGCAAUAACAAUAUGUCCUUUUACAAAAGCGGCAAAAUCUCUCUUCAAUUUUACGGAUGUCGUUCACAGACUUUGGGAUAACAUUUCUGUUUCUGAAUAUGAGAUCCAAACUGCGCAGUAUAUGAGUAUGAUAUGUGACGAUGAUAACUUGGAUAUUGGUGUCACAGAAUACAUUCCAGAAAUUCCACAUUUCAAUGAAACGUUUUACGAGAGACUCGACAAGUUAAAUCCUACUUCGACUUUGAUAGACAGCUCCAUUUGCAAAUACAUGGGAGAAGAGUUUGAAUGUUUGGAAUAUUUUUCGCCAAUAAUAUUGGACGGUGGGAUAUGUUAUACCUUCAAUAUGUUGAAUAGAGACGAAAUUUUCAAAUCAAAUGUGCAUCAUUAUACUAAUUUCCACAGCGGUAUAUUAACCAGUGACUGGGAUAAUGAUGAUGGAUAUCGUAAGGGAACUGGUCAAGAAGCCUACCCACGAAGGGCUUUACAAGCAGGCGCUGAUAAUUCUUUUGAUCUCAUAAUAAUGGCAUUUAGUGGGGACUCUGAUCCUCUUUGCUCAAUUGAUGUUGGAUAUAGUAUUACAGUCCAUACACCACAUUCUAUCCCCAAAACGAAGAAAGAUUAUUUUAUUUUACCUUUGGGAAGCUCUACUAGAGUCAUAGUUACACCGAAUGUAAUGUCAACUUCAACGACAGUCAAAAGUUACAAAACUGAAGAUAGAAAAUGUUACUUCUCUGACGAGAGAAUAUUACAUUAUUUCGUUUCGUAUACUCAAGGAAAUUGUUAUCUGGAAUGUUUCACAAAUUAUACUUUACAAAAGUGCGGAUGUGUUCAUUUUUACAUGCCACAUGAGAAGGAUACACCUAUUUGUGGAAAUUAUCAGCGAAAUUGUUUACAAGAAGCAGAAAGUGAACUCAAAACAUUGGAAAUAGAAGUUGCAAUGGGUUUGAGAGAAGUAUCUCUGAGUUGUAAUUGUUAUCCUCUCUGUAGUCAACUCACUUAUCAAACAAGUAUCACUAAAACCCAAUGGGAAUGGAAAGAAUAUUACAAAGCCCACAAAAAACUUCGAAAGGAAUUAAAUUUCUCAGAUGAUUUAACGAACGAACUCCAAUUCUCAAGACUGAAAAUUUACUUCAAAGAUGAUCUAUUCUUUUCUUAUGAGAAAAACGAACUUUAUGGAAUUUUUGAUUUUAUAUCCAAUUUUGGAGGGCUAUUAGGCCUUUUCACGGGAUUCUCCCUUUUAACAGUAGCUGAAAUAAUUUAUUAUAUUUCUGUACGUAUGUGGUGCAACAAAAGGCUCUACAAUGAUAUAUCUGGCCCUCCUGACAGUGACUGAAAAUUCAGAAAAGCUGCGACGUCGAUUAAUAUCAAUUAAACUCUGAAGAAACUUCCAAUGUAACUGCAGAAAAUAAUAAAUUGUUCUAUAUAUGUAUAGUUUAACAUUUCUUACCUGAUUUUGUUGUAACGUUUUGAGAAUUAAAUUUUGAUUAUCACUCACACACAAUAGAACUAAUCAAUAAAUUGGACUACUCAUUGAUACAGGAGUUUGAAUAAUGUAAUUAAAACGUCUGAUUUAA